AUAUGCUUUUUUAAAUACUCUAGUUACCACUAAUCUAAAGCAGAGAAAUUUGCAAAAUUUUUUUGUUCAAAUUUGUUGUGUUCAAAGCAUGAAGAGAUCUCUUCUCUUAUUCUUACUGUUAAGUCUUGUACAACAGAGUCUAGGACAAUGUCAGAUGUUUAUGUGCCAUCUACACGCAUGGUCUACAAAAGCGUCAAAAGUGACCACUUCUGACAUUGAUGUCAAUCUUUGUCAUUACAUUAUCAUCUCAUUCGCGGAGUAUAUAAAUGAUGAAUUCUUUCAACAUCAGAGAGUCCGGGAUACAUAUUCUUGGAUGUCCACCGCUAAGAGACAAAACUCAAGAUUGAAAUUUGUAUUGAAUUUUUUUAGUUAUGUUGGCGAAGAAAAGUUUUAUGAAAUGUACAAAACGCCAACUAAAAGAAGCAGCCUAAUACAAUCAAUUAUACAGAGUUUACGUAACAAUGGUUUUGAUGGAUUGGCAUUACAAUUGGCAGCCGGCAUAGGAACUACUGAACCAGAGGAUUACGACAGAAAACUCUACGCUGACUUUUUAGAGGCUAUCCGAAAUGCCGUUGACGAAGAAGCCAAAAAAACAGGCAAACCUGGACUUAUGUUAUUUAUGUACUUUUCUCAAACACCCAGAAAUUUAGCCAAAUACUUUGAUGUUCCAAGAGUGUACAGAUAUAUGGAUUUCGUUAUAAUUCACGGAUUUCUUUAUUACGAAAUCUAUGUUGGACCUUCGAAAGGGAUUGAUAUAGUUCAAGGUCAUACAAACAGAAUAUACAGUUUAGAUCCAGAAGAUGAUAGAAGCUUGGACUACGAUGUCAAAAAAAUCUUAAAAUUAGGUGGAAUCAAGUCAAAAACGAUCAUCGGUUACAAUAUAAUGGCCGCCUAUUAUGUCGUUUUUUCCUCUUCUAGUACAUUGUAUCGUGGCUACAAAAUUGAUGAUUAUAGCACAGUGUGUGAGGCAAUAAGUAAAGGUGGCACUGUUCAACGUAUUCCAGAAGGAGCACCUUAUCAUAUUGACGGGGAUUAUUUGAUUUAUUAUGAUGAUGAAACCAGUGUACUUGAAAAGGUUAAAUAUGUUAAAAGGAAUGGCUUUGUUGGAGUUUAUAUUAGUGAUCUUUCUGCGGAUGACUACAAGAAAGGCAACUGUGGAAAAGGAAAAUUUCCCCUUAUCCGAACGAUGUACGAAUUUUGCAGCAAACCUUGAGAAUAUGAUAAUAUAGAUAAAAAGUUGAAGAAUUAAUAAGCUGCAUUAAAAUACUUGACAAAUAAAGUAUGAACUUAAGAAUU